AUUCUCGAACGCUCGCCCCACGUCCACCGACGCUAUAUAAGACUGGAGACCGGCUGCAUUCGUCAGAAGUAUUACGAAAGCGCAUACGAAACGCGAAGCGAAAGAAGCAAAGACUCAAAGCUAUCAAAAUGUACAAGUGUCUUAUUUUAGUUGGACUUUUGAGUUUCGUCAACUGUGAUGAGGCGAGAAAGCAUAGAGUUGAAGAUCCUUUAGCUUCUCUAGACCGCCAUUUGACACAUACACUCGCAUACCACUAUCUUUGGCCUUGGAGUCAGCUCAUGAAGGCAGCGGCGGUGUUGGAUACUGAGGAUUAUUUGGAGGAACCCCAAAUUUUCUCGGAUUCUAAGAGGUACGAAAUCAAAUUAAACGUGAAGAGAUUCAAGCCGGACGAAUUAAAAGUUAUAGUGAAGAAUCGGUACAUCAUAGUCGAAGGGAAACAUAAAGUGACGAAUGACGACACGAGGUUUAUAGCGAACCACUUCGUUCAGCGGUUCGUGCUGCCUCCAGGAAGCAAGCAAGAGGAAGUGAAGGCUGUUCUGAAUGAGAAAGGUGUGUUGAGCAUUUCGGGACCAAAACAUGAGUUGCCUCCACCACCUCCAGUACGCGAAAUACCAAUAGAAGUGUUGGUGCCCGAAAAGACGACGCAGAAGACUGAACUCCCGGAAAAAAAUGAGGAUACCACGGAAAAGAAAGACGUUCCCGCUGUUGCUACAUCGACGGGUACUUCUUUUGAACAAUUGGAACUGACCGAAGCGACGACACAUGUCGGUAAAAUUAGAAAGAAGGAAUUGAAGACAACACCUAAAACUUCAAAAGACAACGAAGUCACAAAAGGGGGAGAGGGGAACGGUCUGGAUUACGCCUUGAUAGAAGCCGACGAGUGAGUGUAGUGGAAGCUGUUUAUCAAAGACUGGACAAAGCUUUAAAACGGCCGGCUGUGAAUAUUAUUGUUAUACUUUUAUCACAGUAGUGAGGUUAUGCGCCUACGAUGUCGGUCGCUCUCUGUGUUGCUGAGAUUUACGAGGUUGUUUAUUUGAUGAAUAUUAAAUGUUAUUUAUUGUAAGUAAUCUCACUGGUUUCAUUUGCCUGGGGUAAUGCCCGGUAAUAUUACCGUUUUAUGACACCAUAAUGUUUAUGAUGAUGGUUAACUCGCACACAUUUUAUACGGCGGAGUGAUUUGCUAUGCUCAUUAAUAUUUCAUACUUGUUUUAGUAUAAUGGUCGAAUACAAUGAAAAUAAUCUUAAUAAUACCUAGAUACCGGAAAUGUGACAGAACUGAGGACGUAAAUGGAUUACAUUAAAUUACAACAAUUUUGAAUUGGCUAUGAACAUAAAGUAAAAAUUAAAAGAAAUGAUUAUUCAAAAUUGGAUAGUCUCAUUUCUAAACGUAAACGUUAAAAAAGAA